AUGGAUGGAGGUCACGGUAAGACGGUGUCCAACUGCAAAACCUGCAACCGUCCUGACUCGGCGGAUGCCCAGAUGGUUGCCUGCGACAAGUGCCGGUUGUGGGAACACUUCACGUGUGCGGGCGUUGAUGAAACCGUCAAGGAUCGGCAGUAUGUAUGCAAUGAUUGCAUAGCCAAGGUGAGUGCCGAUAAAUUUAAGCGCGGGAAACAGCUGAAAGCUGACAAUCGGUCCGCCAAAUCCGGUGGAAGAUCAGCUUCGAGGAAAGGCUCGAAAAUCGCUUCGAUCACAGCGAGCCAAACUUCCAGUGCUCGGGCAGCCGCCCUGGAGGCCCAAAUGAAGGUCAUCGAGGAAGAGAAGGAGAUGAAGGAACAGGAGCUGAAGGAGCAGGAAGAGCUGAAGAAAAUGGAACUGGAAGAAGAACAGCGUCAGAUCGAGGAGAAGAAGCAAUUGAUAGAGGAAGAACGACGUCUCCGCCAGCGAAAGCUGGACGAACAACGGGCGUUGCUGGCGAAACAGCAAUUGAUUCGGAGAGAAUCGGUCGAGAAGAAGAAUGAGCUAAUCAAGCGGAUGUCGGAGGCCGGAAGCGGAUGCGGCAGCAGUACGAGCUCACUUCCAGAUUCACGAGAGAAGGUGAAGAGUUGGCUAGCAGGUCAACAUACCGAUGGAAGAUCUUUGGGGAAGAUGGUGGAGGAACAAAAAGCUAAUAGAGGCCUUCACCCGACAGUUUCGCAAGACCCGUUGGCAUACCAGCUACCAACAUCGCAAUCCAGGGUUGCACAAAUCACCUCGCAAAUGGCUCGUGGUAUGCAAGUGGGAAGCUUGUCCCAAACGCUACAGCAAGCUCGGUCAGAAAUUGUCGUGCAACCGUUCCAACGAUACGUAGCGAACUCCCAGCCUCACAUUCAACCGAUGCUGCGUACUAAUCAGGCUGUGCACCGCCAGCUUUCCGCGCAGCAGCAGCUGUGUUAUCCAUACGUACAGCAGCAACAACGCCAUCCGCACAGCGGCGGCCCUGUCAACCAGGAUGCGGCCCAUAGUACAGCGCCUGAACAGCAACAUGGUGGAUAUGAUCGGUCGGAACCGACACCGCUCUCGGUGGUCAUUGAGCAGCCAUCUCAGCGAUACGCAGGGAUUCCCGGGUCAAGUUAUCCAGUGUAUCCUCCACAGAACGUUGGUUUUUCGAAUCCACAGGUGAAUCGGCAGUCCCAUCGAUACCAACAGGAGAUCGUGCCUCCGCAAGAUCCAGUGCAGCAGCCAGGUAUGGCUGAACAAUCCGUCGUUCUUCAGUCGCAACAGCUUGCAGCGCGGCAGGUAGUGGGGAAACAGUUGCCCAGAUUCGAUGGCAACCCAAUUGACUGGCCUAUGUUCAUCAGUAGCUAUGAACAGUCGACCGCUGCUUGCGGCUACACAAACGCUGAAAACCUGAUUAGGCUUCAGCAGUGCCUGACUGGACACGCGAAAGAGUCGGUCUGCAGCAAACUUCUGCUGCCAGAGAGCGUGCCUCAUACUAUCGAGACACUGCGUAUACGCUACGGUAGACCAGAGCUGCUACUCAAAUCGCUCCUCGAAAAGGUUCGUCGUACACCAGGCCCAAGACAAGAUAAAUUGGAAACGGUUAUCGAGUUCGGUUUGGCAGUUGGCAAUUUUGUCGAUCAUCUCCGGGCGGCGCAGUUGCAGCAACAUCUCACCAACCCCAUGAUGAUGCAGGAGUUGGUAGAUAAGCUCCCAGGCUCGAUGAAAAUGGAGUGGGCUUCCUUCAAGGGCCAACAACCGUUGGCAGACUUAGAGACCUUUGGGCGCUUCAUGGAAAAGCAGGUCAACGCAGCGAGUGCGGUGAGCUUCGAGCUUCCAGUCCACGAGAAAACGUAUAAGCACGAAAAGCAAAAAGGAAGGGACAGUGCCGGGAUCCAUGCACAUUCGCAAAGCGAUAGUCCAAGCAGUAAACCGAAUUCUUCAGGACAACCUCGGAAACCGACUAAAAUCUGUGGUGUCUGUACUCGCGAAGGUCACAGGGCGGCGGAUUGCUCUCAGUUUAAAGAGCUGAACGUCGACGAGCGGUGGAAGACUAUUCAGAAGAAGGGGUUAUGCAGAACAUGCCUGAACAGCCACGGCAAAUGGCCUUGCAAGUCAUGGCAAGGCUGUGCGGUAGAUGGGUGCCGACUGAAGCACCAUACUCUCCUUCACUCUCCUUCAUCGACGCACCAUGUCAAUUAUUCAUCUACUCAUACACCUUCAACGAAAGCCUUUUUCCGUAUACUGCCUGUCAUCCUAUACAACGAAGGCAGAAGCGUGUCGGUAUUCGCUUUUAUCGACGAAGGUUCGGAAAUCACACUGCUGGAAGACAACGUCGCGAAGCAGCUGGGUGUAACAGGUCCCGUGAAAGCUUUAACUCUCCAGUGGACAGGUAACGUUAAGCGGAAUGAGUCCAGGUCCCAGGAGGUGAACUUGGGAAUAUCAGGGAAGUGUGGUUCUGAGAAGUUCAAUCUUCGUCAAGCCAGAACAGUCAGCUGUCUAUUCCUGCCCAGUCAGCAGCUCAACUACGGAGAAUUGUCUCAGCGUUUCCCACACCUCCGCGGUCUCCCAAUGGAGAGUUAUGAAAAUGUUCAGCCGAAGCUUCUGAUCGGCUUGGAUAACCUUCGUCUAGGCGCUCCACUGAAACUUCGUGAGGGUGGACCGAACGAUCCAAUUGCUGCAAAGUGUCGCCUAGGGUGGACCGUUUAUGGGUGUGCUGGUGACAGAGGAGAAAACGCAGCUUUGGUUAAUUUUCACACCGUGGAAGCUGCGGAUACGGAUCACCUAUUGAACGAGCAGUUGCGAGAUUUUUUCACCUUGGAGAAUGACGGCCUCUUCAAUCGCAACGAAACCCUAGAAUCGGAGGAAGAUAAACGAGCAAGGAUGAUUCUCGAACAGACGACUCGGCGCAUUGGUGACCGUUUCGAGACGGGACUUCUAUGGCGAACAGAUAAUCCAGAAUUCCCUGACAGCUACCCGAUGGCGACUAGACGACUGGUGGGAUUGGAAAGGAAAUUUGCCAAACAACCGCAGCUCGGAGAUCGAGUACGUGAACAGAUUCAUGACUACGAGCGUAAAGGCUACGCGCACAGGGCGACUCAAGCGGAGCUGGACUCAGUGGAUCGCAGCCGAUUGUGGUUCCUGCCGUUAGGAGUAGUUCAACAUCCCAGAAAGCAGAAAGUUCGGUUGAUUUGGGAUGCCAAAGCUACAGUGGGAUCUGUCUCCUUCAAUUCUAAACUCCUAAAAGGUCCUGACCUGCUGACACCAUUGCUCGCCGUACUCAGUUCCUUUCGCCAAUUCCCGGUAGCCGUGUGUGGUGAUAUACGGGAAAUGUUCCACCAGAUUAAAAUCAGGGAACAAGACCGUCUCUCUCAGUGCUUUCUGUGGCGUGACACUCCGUCAGAAGAUAUCAAAAUAUACGUGAUGGAUGUUGCGACGUUUGGGUCUACAUGUUCGCCCGUAUCAGCCCAAUUUGUAAAAAACCUAAACGCCGCAGAGUUUUCCGAGCAAUAUCCACGAGCUGCGGUCGCCAUCACCAAGCACCACUACGUAGACGACUACCUGGACAGUUUCCAGACAAUCCAGGAAGCUACAGAAGUCGUGAAUGAGGUGAAACUCGUUCAUUCAAAGGGAGGAUUCGAGCUUCGUAAUUUCCUGUCCAACUCUGGGGAAGUUCUGCAAGGUAUCGGAGAAAAAUCAGGAGAUCCAAUGAAGGUAUUGGCCUUGGAGAGGGCUGAAAACACGGAAUCGGUUUUGGGGAUGAAAUGGAUGCCCAGUGUAGACUGCUUCACGUACACCGUCAACCUUCGUGAAGAUCUCCAAUGGCUUCUCAACCACAACCACGUUCCCACGAAACGAGAAAUACUUCGGGUCGUUAUGAGCCUCUUUGACCCGCUAGGCCUGGUCUCUUUCUUCCUCAUUCAAGGAAAGGUCCUCAUCCAAGGAAUUUGGGCCUCUGGAACAGGUUGGGACGAACCGAUCAACGAAAACCACAUUCGACAAUGGCGCCAAUGGGUGGAUUGUUUCGAUCAGUUGAACACAUUAAGGAUUCCACGGUGCUACUUCCCCACCAUUUAUUCCAGCAAUGACAAUCGAUUAGAGGUCCACGUAUUCGUUGACGCUAGUGAAACAGCAUACUGCUGCGUCGUUUACUUCCGACUAGUUAGUGAAUGUGGUGUAGAAGUAGCUCUGGUUGGAUCGAAAAGUAGAGUGGCGCCCCUAAAGACUCUUUCCAUCCCACGAUUAGAGUUGAAGGCUGCUGUUCUCGGUGCUCAAUACCUUCAAUCUGUUCUGAGCAAUCAUGAACUUCCGGUGUCUAAACGCUAUCUGUGGACCGAUUCCACAACCGUACUAGCGUGGAUCCUAUCAGACCACCGCCGGUUCCAGAAGUUUGUUGCGGUUCGAGUGGGCGAAAUUUUGACACUGAGUGAUCCUCAAGACUGGAGAUGGGUCCCGACAAAAGCCAAUGUAGCAGAUAUGGCCACCAAGUGGGGAAAAGGCCCUGUAUUUCAAGCACAAAAUCCGUGGUUUCGUGGUCCAUCUUUCCUUUAUCAAAGUGAAGAACAUUGGCCGGAACGUCGUCAAGAUAUUUCGACCCAGGAAGAACUUCGGCCAGUUCAUGCGCACUGGUCAGCAGUCCCACUGAUUGAAGCCACAAGAUUCUGCCGGUAUGAGAGGAUGCAGCGGGCAAUGGCGUAUGCUUUACGUUUCGUAGACAAUCUUCGUCAUAAACGGAGCGGUUCAGCACUACAGCUAGGCGUUCUCAACCAAACUGAAUUGAAGCGUGCAGAGGAAGCGUUGUGGAAAGUAGCUCAAGCGGACUGCUUUCCUGAAGAAAUAACAGUCCUGUCUCCGACGCAAGGAUCACCGGAUACGCGGCACGCUUGCGUGUCCAAAUCAAGCCCGAUUUUCAAAGUAUGGCCGUAUCUGGACGACCAAGGGAUCCUCCGGAUGCGGGGCCGUAUUGGCGCUGCAACAUUCGCACCAGUCGAAGCCAGAUUCCCUGCUGUUUUGCCCCGGCAUCAUCGCAUUACCAAACUUAUAACUGACUGCUAUCAUCGCCGCUUUCGCCAUGCAAACAGGGAAACUGUCGUGAACGAAAUGCGGCAACGAUUUGAAGUGGCAAAGCUGCGAAGUCUCGUCGAGAAGGUUUCAAGGGAAUGUGCCCUUUGUCGCGUGAAGAAAAGUCGUCCACAACCUCCAGCAAUGGCUCCACUUCCACCGGCUCGACUGCAAGCUUUCGUCCGACCAUUUACAUUCGUUGGAGUAGAUUAUUUCGGGCCGGUUUUCGUCAGAGUUGGAAGGAGCCAAGUUAAACGUUGGGUGGCAGUAUUUACCUGCCUGACAGUGCGCGCGGUGCAUAUCGAAGUAGUGCACAAUCUGUCAACUGAAUCGUGCAUCAUGGCAGUGCGGCGGUUUGUUGCACGGCGAGGUCCGCCAGCUGAAAUCUACAGCGACAACGCAACGUGCUUCCAGGGUGCGGGCAAUGUCUUAGAGAAGCAGCGUGAGCGGAACGAAGCUCUGGCGUCAUCUUUUACAAGUGCCAGAACAAAAUGGAUGUUCAUCCCUCCGGCGGCGCCGCACAUGGGCGGAGCCUGGGAGCGUCUCGUACGUUCAGUGAAAACCGCAAUUGGAGCGGUUGCGGAUGCCCCCCGAAAACCAGACGAUGAAACCCUGGAAACAAUCCUGGUGGAAGCCGAGUUCAUCAUAAACUCCAGGCCUCUCACCUACAUUCCCCUUAAGUCAGCAGAUCAAGAAUCGCUCACGCCCAACCACUUUCUGUUGGGCAACUCCAGUGGCCUGAAGAUUCUGCCAUCCGAGCCAAUGCUACAACGAGGAGAUCUAAGGAGUAGCUGGAAGCUGGCCCAAUCGAUUUGCGACGAGUUCUGGCGUAGGUGGAUUAAAGAGUACGCACCGGUCAUCACUCGUCGGACCAAAUGGUUUGCGGAAACGCGGGACCUGAAAAUUGGUGAUCUGGUUCUUGUUGUUGGAGGAACAGCACGUCAUCAUUGGAUUCGUGGACGUGUAGAAAAGGUCAUCGCCGGGAGAGACGGACGAGUGCGUCAAGCAGAAGUACGCACAGCAUCAGGAGUAUUACGAAGACCCGCGGUGAAGCUAGCUCUACUGGACAUCGUAGAGAGCAGUGAACCUGAUAGCAUUCAACACGGUGGCUCCAGAGAGGAUCCAGGAUUCCAAUCAGGUUCACGGGUGGGGGGAUGUUACGAUGCGGAUCCCCACCACGGUGUCAUUGUGGCCGAUGAGGCGAUUACUUGUGGUCCAUCAGCGAACCACGCCACCGAUAGCCGCACACUACGAUGCGGCGAAUACAAUGACCACCGAAUGACCAGACAUCAACAAACUAGAAGAUAA